UCGUGUCCCUCCUGGGUCCGCGGCGGCCUGGCCCAAUGACGCCUCAGCGGAGGGGACCACCUAGAGUUCCCGAGGGAAGUAGUGCAGCCCAGCGCCGGCGCGCGAACAGCACCAAGAAGGACUGGCUGCCUCAGGAGGCACAGAGGUCAUGGCUAAGGACUGUGGUCUUUGGAGUUGGCCUUGCUCUGAUCACAUUCCUGUUCUGGAGUAGUCUGAGGAUGGACGAUGAUGUUGCUGAAGUCUUGGCCCAUCGUGGUGAGGUCCUGGAAGGCAGGUUCAUUGAGGUUCCCUGCUCUGAGGACUAUGAUGGUCACCGGAGAUUUGAAGGCUGUACUCCCAGGAAGUGUGGCAGAGGUGUCACUGACAUGGUGAUUACCAGGGAGGAGGCGGAGCAGAUUCGCAGAAUAGCAGAGAAGGGACUCUCUCUAGGCGGAUCAGAUGGAGGGGCAUCUAUCCUGGACUUGCACUCUGGGGCCCUGUCUGUUGGGAAGCAUUUUGUGAACCUGUACAGAUACUUUGGGGAUAAAGUACAAAAUAUCUUCUCUGAGGAGGACUUCCAGUUAUAUAGGGAUGUGCGGCAGAAGGUCCAGCUCACCAUUGCUGAAGCCUUUGGCAUCAGCUCAUCCUCGUUGUACCUGACAAAGCCCACAUUCUUCUCCCGAAUAAAUAGCACAGAAGCCCAGACAGCUCAUGAUGAGUAUUGGCAUGCCCAUGUGGACAAGGUGACCUACGGCUCUUUUGACUACACUUCACUGCUUUACCUCUCGGAUUACUUAGAGGACUUCGGUGGAGGGCGCUUUGUGUUCAUGGAGGAAGGGUCCAACAAGACAGUGGAGCCCAGAGCUGGGUUUCUCUGUGUAACAGCCCUGGCUAUCCUGGCUGGCCUUGAAUGCACAGAGAUCCGCCUGCCUCUACCUCCCGAGUGCUAGGAUUAAAGGUGUGUGAUACCAUGCCUGACUUCUCCAUGACCUUUUUUGAAGGGACCUAACAACUUAAGAUUAAGUGAUGUUGGCUGGGGAGAAUCACAGUGGUGAGUGCUUAUGCAUGAGGCCCUAGAAUCCCUAGCUCCACAAAAUAAAGACAAUAAAAAUAAGAAAGACUAAAUGAUAGUUCUAAUGCAAUGUUAGACAUCGUGUGCUGCAUUCUACUGUGUCCUGCAUAACAUUGUGGGGCCUGUCUCAGAGCUCAUCUCCCUGGUGGCCUGAAGACCCAGAGUCCCUAGCACCAUGCUGCAUGGUUCUCCCCAGGGAGCAGACAAAUGCCCCUUCCUGCCUAACCUCUGGAGAGACUGAGCCCAGGUCCUAGUGGGGAGGUAGAAACUGAGCCUAGGUCUGAGUAGGAGGUGGAAAUUGAGUCCAGAUCCUGGUAGACAGGUGAUAGCUUUGGGGACCCAGUCCUAUGUGGGAGAAUACAGGAACGUGUGUUCCACCUUCCUGAGAUGUGGUCUCUGCCCCUGGUCAAGACCCAGCUGCCGUGCAAACACACACACACACUGGCCGUUGCACCAGCAUGUCUUCUGUACCAUGUUCCACCUGUCUGCUACAGUGUCUCCCUCACCAGCUAAGUGGUCCUGUUGUCACUUCUCUGGCUAUUAACAGCUCCAUCAGAGCAGCAAGGCUGUCCACACAAGAUGAUUUAGAAAAUCGUUUUGGACUAUGGAUCCAGCACCUCCUUGCAAUGGUGUUUGCUGUGACCUGCACAGCCUGGAUGACUGACAAGUGAUGAGGAAUGAAGAAAUGACAGGCACACCUACAGAGAAGCUGGGAUUGAGUGGCCCACGUGCUCUAAGGAAACAUACCAGCAGCCCAGAACUCAGUGCGUUUAUUAUAUGCUACUGAGCAAGGAGGUGUGUUAUUUUAUACAGCUAAACAAAGAGACAGGUUUAUUAUAUACAACUAAUCUCAGUAAGGGAGGGUGCUGUAGGGGAGCAGUCGUCAGGAAAGAGGAAGCUGUGGUUGAUAGUCUCUGCAUACACCAGUUUAAGCUGAAGGUCAAUUUUGGUAACAUCUGUAUUUGCACCAGAGAAAGGUUUUGCCAUUCCAGUGGGUCUGAAGCAUUAGGGUCCUAGAUAUGGCCAUGGUCAUGCCAGUAAUACAUAUUGAGGCUGGGCAUAUUGGCACAUACCUUUAAUCCCAGAACUUAAGAGACAGAAGCAGGCAGAUCUCUAUCAUUUUGAGGCCAGCCUGAUUUGCAAAAUGAGUUUCAGAACAACCAGAACUACAUAAAGCGACUCUGUUUCAACAAACAGAACAGAAAUAAUACAUAUUCAUUCAGGACUUCAUCCACUUCCAUAAGUGUUGAACAUGAAAACAGCUUUUAAAAAUGUGUUUAUGUGUGUAUGUAUGAGUGUGGGUUUGUGCACAUGAGUGCAGUGCCUGUAGAGGCCAGAAGAGGGCAUCAGAUUUUCUGAACUAGAGUAAUAGGCAGUUGUCAGCUGCCUGACCUUGGUGCUGGGCACUGAACUUGGGUUCUCUGUUCUCUACAAGAACAAUAUAUGCUCAUAACUGAUGUGCCAUCUCUCCAGCCUUUGAAAAUCGCUUCUAAAUCAAAAGAUAGAAUGGGAAAUUAAAGGGUACUGUCUCUCCUUUGGUUGGCAUUGAUCAUGGGACAGGCCAUGUCUACAUCCUAUAGGCAGCUGGGACUCAGUGACUCAUUCAGUGUGGUGUGAGCCUCUAUUGAUGGGUUUAGGACCUAAGAACAGAGUGGCUACACCAGACCAGGCCCCAGACUGCGUGAAGGGUGAGUCCAGGAAACAGUGCUACUUUGCAGAUGGUACAGGAGUAUCCACCAUGGUGGCUGAACAGGAUGGGUAUGGCAUUGCCAUGGUCUCCCUGCAGACUGGAACUGUAGAGACUGGCAUGAGAGCUGGCUGCUACAUGGGAAUUGAUAUGAAUUAUGGGGACAUGUCCUAGUCACUGUUCUGUUACUAUGAAGAGACCCAUGACCAUGGCAACUUUUAUAAAGGAAAGCAUUUAAUUGGGGCUUGCUUACAGUUUCAGAGGUGUCCUCCAUUGUCAUCAUGGCAGGGAACGUGGCAGCAUAUAGGCAGACAUGUUGCUGGAGAAGUAGCUGAGAGUUCUAUAUCUGGAUCCUCAGGCAGCAGGAAGAGAGGGCCACUGGGCCUGGCUUGGGCUCUUGAAAUCUCAAAGCUCACCCUCAGUGACAUACUUCCUCCAACAAGGCCACAUCUACUCCCAAAAGGCCACAUUCUCCUAAUCCUUUCAAAUAGUGCCACUUCCUGGUGACCAGGCAUUCAAAUCUUUAAGCCUUUGGGGACCAUUCUCAUUCAAACCAUCAUAAGACAUCACUAUUUACCACUUAGGGCUCCUGAGGGGGGAACAGGACUCAGGAGGUCCCUCUCCUGAGAUUAGAGGGACCUGUUUUGGAACCCUGGGGACCUGUCUAGGGCUGUUUGAUGGUCACGGCCCGGCCUGCUCCCUAGAUGAGGGUAAAAGCUGAUGGAAUAUGUCAACUUCUGGCUUCACCUACUAAGGUAAGUAAGGUAUUAAGCACACUACCAGUGUCAGUCACUCCUGUGAGAAGUAUACCCAGUACCUCCUUCUAAAAGCCAUGUUAAAACUUAAAAUAUAGAAAGAACAAAUAUUUAAUUUCAUAAUGAAUUCCCUAGAAUCAUGACAGUCAUCUAUAUCUGUGCAAUGUUCCUCUUCCUGGGCUCAUGGCAGGCUCUCUGGCCAUCUCCGGGUGCAUUGUUCCUCUCCUUAUAUCUGUUUUUGCCACUGCCCAGCCUGGUGCUCAGAAUCCAGCAAAAGCCAUUCACACUCACCCGAAGUUCAUUAUGAAAUUCAUUGUGAAUUAUAAUUCUCCAAGGGAAGAAGCUGAAGGGUAGGGUCCUGGUGAGCCAGGCAAGUUUCCUGCCAUUUACCACAAAUCCCAGCUCUAGCCAUCCAUGGGACACACAUAGGGUCCUUCUGACCAGGUGCUCAUUGAGUCUUAAUGACCAGGGUUUUUAUUGGCUGUUGGUAAAGAGAGCAUGGCUGACACCCCCCAACCCGUGUAACUCUCUGGCCCUCAGAGGUUGGGCUUAUUCCAUAUGGCCCUGGGCCCUGCUGUAAAUCAUGAGGCUGGCUGGACUACGUGGUGGGGCUCACAACCCAGGUCAGCAAAGACUGUGGUCAAUCCUUUCUCUGAAAUAGAUAAGGUGUGGUCAGUCAACUGUUUAUUUGCUCCCACCCUGUACUGUAACCCCCAGUCAGUACACUUGGGAUACCCUUUAGGGGUCCCAAGCACUUUAUGGACUGAAAGCCAGCAAAACUUUGGAGUAGCUGUCACUCAGGGACUAUGAUUACAUGAGGAGACAUGCAGGAUUCUAGAAACCUAGGUCACUUUGUAAUUUGGUUUUUCAGUUGUCAAGUUCAGUCCUGCUUUAAGGAUGUAGGUGACCAUCAGACAGUGCUUCCCAGGGAUAGGGGGUGUCAUACAAUCCCCUGUUCUGAGAACUGGGGUGUCCUUGUUCAUCAUUGUGCUUGGCAGUCCUUGUCUGUCUUUGUCUCUGCUCUGGGGCUGAUGUUUCGAUUCCAUUGUAAGGGUCCUAUCAUUUUGUAACUCCAAGACCUCUCUGACAUAUCUGUCAUUUCAAAAACAUGGACUUUUGAGCUGUCAGAUUUUAGUGGAGUUCAUUAAAAGUAAAUGAAGUCCGAAGCCUGCACUAGCCUGUGUCAGCAUUACCACCGUCAUUUAGGGCGUGAGAGUCUUUAAGCAGUGAGGAAAGUGAUAAACAUGACUAUUUUUCCCUCACAAAGCGGUACUGCAGUCUGCAGCCGUGGAGGUAUCCAUUCGCUGUGCGAGGUUGGGUCCUGCAAGCUGAGCCUCUUUAUAUCAGCUGACUAUUCCCAAGUCACCUGGUCACAGGAGAGGCUUCAACUAGAGUACAGGAGUCCUUCCUGUAAAAAGGUGAUGCUGUAGCCAUGCACCCUGCAGCUAUGUGCUCACCAUGAGCUGUCUCCCUGACUUGCACACUCUGUCUUUUUCUGUCUCGCUCCUCUUCCUCCCACCCUUCUGGGUUUUUGUUGUUGUUUGUUUUGUUUUGAGACAGUCUCAUGAGGCUGAUCUUGAAUUCCUGAUUCUUUGCCAUCAUUUGCCAAGUGCUGGGAUUACAGUUGUGUGCUGUCACACAUGGCUUUAUUUCCUCAACUCUUGAAGGAAAUCAAAGUUGAAGCUCUUAAGAAGUCCAAUUUAUUGGGUUUGGGGAUUUAGCUCAGUGGUAGAGCACUUGCCUAGCAAGUGCAAGGCCCUGGGUUUGGUCCUCAGCUCUGAGAAAGAAAAAAAAAGAAGUUCAACGUAUUGAUCUUUUUCUUCUAGUAUUCAUUCUUUUUUUAAUUUGUUUUGUUUUGUUUUUGUUUUUUUGAGACAGGGUUUCUCUGUGUAGCUUUGGAGCCUGUCCUGGAACUCUCUCUGUAUAUAGUAUUCAUUCUUUAAGACAAUGCCUAAGAAAUAUUUGCCACCCUAAGAUUAUAGGGAUUUUUCUUGUGUUCAUUUGUAGAGACUUUAUGACUUCUUUUUUUUAAAGGUUUAUUUAUUUAUUAUGUAUACAGUGUUCUGCCUGCAUGUGUCCUUGCAGGCCAGAAGAGGGCACCAGAUCUAAUUGCAAGGGGUUGUGAGCCACCAUGUGGUUGCUGGGAAUUGAACUCAGGACCUCUGGAAGAGCAGUCAGUGCUCUUAACCACUGAGCCAUCUCUCCAGCCCAACUUUAUGACUUUUAUAUUAAUGCUUCUGAUCCUUGUUGAAAUAAUAUUGAUGUGUGGUGUGAGGUAGGGGCCAGUGUUCACUUGUUAUAUAUGGGUUUCCAGAUGUUUCUACAUCAUUUGUUGAAGAGACUGUCUUACCCAUCAAAUGAUCCUUGAAGCUUUUGUCAUAGGUCCAUAGACUGUGUCCAUAUGCUUCUGGCUCCGCCCACUGAGUGACUCGCCAUAAUGUCUCCACCACUAUAGCUUUAUAACCUGGAACACAGGUGGCAUUAGUUCUUAUUCUUCAUUUUAAAAGUUGUUUUUGCUGCCAAAAUUUUUUUGUCUUCAUUUCUAAACGAAUUUUAGAGUCUACUUGCUAAUUUCUGCAAAAAUUUUGUUUUGAGUUGCAUUGAAUCUGUGGAGUAAUUAAAGCAAAAUACCAAGGUUUUUGGCUGGCCCACUUCCACCUACAAGUGCUCCCAUAACUUUUGUGUUUUCAUUUUCCUAUCUUUUACUCAAAUAUGAGAUAAAUCAACACCAUAGUAUGUUAAGUAUGUUAUUAAGUUAUCCUAUCCCCUCUCUUUAAAUGAUUUAUCCCUUCUCUUGGGAAUUAGCAGGAGAGUGUCCUCCCCCUGCCCCCACCCUCAACCUGCUCAUCCCUUCCAAUAUUUCCCACCCCUUUCUGGAUCCAGGUUUCUAGCUGGGAGUAUCUCCCUUUAGCCUGUGGCAAGGAGGCUGCAGUGAUGUUUCUGAAUGUGUCCUCAUUUUACCUUUUAUCCCCUCAAUGGUGCUGGGGAUGAGCCCAGGUUCUCAUGAAUGCAGCAUAGGCAUUAUACUGUAAGCUGCACCCCUAGAUCUCACUGUUUAUUGUUUUGUUUUGCUUUGAGACAGGGUUUUAUUCUGUAGCUCAGGCUAACUGGACACUUCAGAUGCUCUGUCUCAGACUCUCGACUCCUGAGAUUAUAUAUGAAUAUCACACUGCCUGGUGCCCCUCAUUGUUUUGUUUUGUUUUUUUUUAAUUUUAUUUUCAUUGGAUGUUAAAUUCUGAGUUGAUAGGGGUCCUAUGUGCUUGCCCUUCCUGAUUCCCCCCAACUCUUUUUAUUUCUUUCUUUUUUUUUUCUUUUUCUUUUUUGAGACUGGUCAAGCUUUUCUUGAACUUAUGAUCCUUUUGCCUCAGUCGUAAGGUACUGGGAUUCUACAUGAGCCACCAUUUGUUUUAUUUUAUGUGUGUGUUAGCCUUCAUAUUGUAGGUGCCCUGUGUCCUUGAAGUGUUCACAGAUGCCAGAAGAGGACACCAGAUCCCCUGGAGGUACAGAUGGUUGUGAGCUGCCAUGUGGGUGCUGGAAAUUGCACCGAGGUCCUCUGCAAAAGCAGCAAGUGCUCUUAACUGCUGAGCUGUCUCUACCCUCUUUUUUUGAAAUAGACUCUCAGAUAUCUCAGAAUACCUCAGACUAGCCUUGAAUUCACUCUGUGGCCAAGGGUGACUUUGAACUGAUUCUUCUGUCUCUGCUUCUCUCUCAAGUGCUGGGAUUGAAGAUGUACACCAUCAUGCUCAGUUAAUCCAGUACACAGGAUCAAACCUAGGACUUCAUGCAUGCUAGGCAAGCACUCUCUCAGCUGAGCUAUAUCCCCAGUGAAAUGUUUGUUUUGUUUUGUUUUGUUUUUAAGCAGGGUGAAGGGAUUUAACCAGCAAAUAAAGGGUCUAGUGACCUCACGUUCAUCUUUGAGGUAUUAACAUAAGCUUUGGUUUAAACAGGGUAAGAGGUGUUCAUAAUUAAGCAGUCUUGGACAAGGUUAGGUAUGGUUAACCAUUGUCUCCAUUCUGGUUCUCCAGAGUGGUAGGAAGUUGUUUUAGCCAUCAUCUCUGCUCCAGAGUGCACUCUCACCUACCUAUACAAUUACCUUCAUCUGGAAGGAUGCUCUGUCCUACAAGACUCUAGCAAUAAAAGGUGACUGCAGGUUUAGGAUAAUGACAUUUCUGUGCUGUUAGCCUAAAGGGGGAUGAGAUGGUCAGGAGGUAGUCCUCAGUCCUUAGCAUGCCUACACAGAGUCAAGCAGGAGUCUAACACAAAGUAAAGGAGAUGGACACAAAAUGGAGGCAGAGAUGUCAGGCUUUCAUCCUGCUUUUAGUUGCCCAUGGGUCCAAGUGUGGAGUAUGGGCAAGCCCCUAAGUGCCUGUUAUACUACUUUUUAGCAAAACAAGCCCCUAAGUGCCUGUUUUACUACUGUAUCUUGGUAAAGGAUAUCACAUAACCAAGAAGCAUGAAAGAGAGAGGGUGGGAACAAGUGGAUUAAAAUAUCUUAUUCAUUUUUCUUUCUUUUUUAAAGAUAAGGUCUCACUAUGUAGCCCUGGCUGGCCUAGAACUCUGUAUGUGGACCAGGUUGGCCUCAAACUCACAGAGGUCUGCCUGCCCUUGUCCCUAAGUGCUGGGAUUAAAGUCAUGGGGCAACUCAGAAAAUGUGGGGCUUUUACCCACCAACCCCACAGCUCCCCAGAGUUUUCUUGAGUGUGAGCAGCAGGAAAUAUUAGAUAGAAGGAUUUAUAUUGCGGAGAUAAACAGAUAGAAAAUAAAGGAUAGCCUCCAGAGGGCCUGAAACCUUUUCCAAUGGGCCCUGACUGUCUCUGCCCCAGGGUAUUUAUAGAGACGCCAAGGGGUGGAGCAAAAGACCUCCUCCCCCAGCACAGCCAAGUGCAGACCAUCUCAGACACCUGCACUCAGGCCUGUGGUCCUAAUCAUCCUCUAUGUGGACCUGCUGGAUAAAGCCACGAGGAACCUGAAAACGGGCUCCCACAAGAAAAUAUCAUUUUUAAAAAAAUUUCAGUUCCUACUGCUCCUGAGGAGAAGCCAGCCACUGUCUCUUGUAUAUGCUUCCCUCCUCCUCUGCUACUUUCAAGAUUUUCAGUAAUUUUGUUUCAUCAGCUUGAUCGUGGUGUGCAGAGGUACUGAUUUAUUUAUUUGCAUUUUUCAUCCCCUUGGGGGAAUGUUUGGUCACUGAUUCUUUUAGCAUUUUUUUUUUUUUAAAUCCCAAUGUGAAUCUCUUCUAAACCUGCUAGUUAGUGUAUGGUUUCCUGUCUUCCCAAGCUCAGGAGACCCUGUCGUCUUCCAUUGUUUUUCCUGUGUAGUCUGGCUGUGUGAAGGACAUACAGGACUGUCUGGAUCUGUGAGAACUCCUCUCUUACUGAACGUUGCCACACAGAAGUGUGUCUGUCAUUGUGGAGGAGCAGAAAGGGUAGACAGCGAGGGGACCAAGUAUCUCAGGUACCCCCUCCAUGGGGCUCUCUGUGCAUUGAGGUUAGGCUGCCUGUUUCCACAUCUCAGGUUUAGUUGACAAAGGAAGAAACAAGGACAAAAUGUCUUUAAAAACACAUGAGCUCACUGGGCGGUGGUGGCGCACACCUUUAAUCCCAGCACUCCGGAGGCAGAGGCAGGCGGAUCUCUGUGAGUUCAAGGCCAGCUUGGUCUCCAAAGCAAGUUCCCAGAAAGGUGCAAAGCUACACAGAGAAACCCUGUCUCGAAAAAAAACCAAAACCAAACAAACAAACAAACAAACAAAAAAAGAAAACAAAACACAUGAGCUCAGAAAGUGGUAACUCCACACACCCUGGAAAGCCUGGCCCUUCAUACACAGUGCUUGAUGGGUGCAGGAGGAAGGGCGGGCCACCAAGGCUCCUCACACUUGGUUUCUUUGCUCUGCAUUCUCUGGGUUCUGUCAGCCUCCCACUAGGAUGUGGUACAGGUCAGAUGGACUUUUCUCCCUUUUUGAGGGUUUAAAGUCCCAGUAGGAAGAAAUGCAGUGGCCAGAAGGGAAACAGCAUUGUCAUGAAGCAUGUGAAGGCCUGCUGCGCGUCAGAUGCGGCCCUUUCUGAAUCUCAGUGUUGCGCAGGAGUUCACAAAGCUGGGUGCAGCGUUUAGCAGUAAGCACUUACAGUAAAAGUGUGUACAAGCCGCUUAGAGACUCAAGCAGAUACACACUCUCUUAGAAGUUUGGAAGGACUCCCAAGACCAGGGCAUGACACCCUGAGUAGCCCUGGAUGCUGCAUGGAAGGGGCUGUUUCUGUUUUCACGGGUCAUCUAUUUUGACAUGCUUCUCUGGGUUGCUAGGAUAAUAAUGAUUAUCCUCCAUGAUUGAUUUUUUUUAAAGUUCUUAUUUCUGUUUUACAUGUAUGGGUGUUUUGUCUGCAUGUGUGUCUGUAAACAUGUGCAGUGCCUAUGGAAGUCACAAGAGGCAUCAGAUUCCUUAGUGCUGGAGUUAGAGCCAACUGAGAGCUGCCAUGUGGAUGCUGGUCAUCAUACCCAGAGGACUCUGGGAGAGCAACCAGUGCUCUGAACUGCUGAACCAUCUCUCCAGCCCCUGUGAUUAGUUUUUAUUUCCCACCUGUCAGACCUGGAAAGCUACUAGCAAGCCACUGUCUCCCCACAAUAGAAAGUCCCCAUAGCCAGGAAGACUGGGGGUCCCCUCUGCCCCCUUGAUGCACCCAGCACUGCUGGUUCAGUUCUCUAAGUCCUCUGGCUUUUGUCACAGCAGUUGGGGGUCAGGGUUUCUCCAUCUUGUCCAGUGCUGUUCUGUUCAUUGCUGUGUUCAUUCUGCAAGUGUGGCCUAGAGGUUACCUCUCU